AUGACCACCGAAUUGGACAAUUACCAAGAAGUCUCCAAGAAAAACUACACAAAUGCUUCUGAUUCUCACCACUAUAUAUACACUGACAAACUUCUUGAACUUCUCAUUAUCUCGAAGCAUAUUAUAGCUAUGGAAGUCUUCAGAAAGAAACUCAUAACGAGUGACAUUGAGAAACAUUUGGUGCUACCAAACGACGCAAGAAGAGAAGCCUUGCCAUCUUUCCAAGGUACUCGGGACAUCGUGUUACCAAUUGUGUUAGAGCAAGCUCGAACGGAAGUUCGUGUUCGCUGCUCCAGCAGAUUGGGAAGGCUCGCAUUUACUGAAAAUUGGCGUGACAUCACAAGCUGUCUGAGGCUCAACGCUGGUGAUGUCGUGGCUUUGCGUAUGGAAGAAGACCAAGGUACUGUGAAGUACAAAAAUGAAAGAGUUGACGUUCUUUUUCUGCUUGAAACAAAGUUAUUUGAUUUUAAGGAUGCCUUCAUUAAUCGUUUAUGGAAUGGUCACGAUAUUAAGCGGACAAGUAUUAAUUCAGAAAGGGAGCCAUGGAAAUCUUCACAAAAAAAUUCACCUCUAAACUCACCUCUAUGGAUAUUAAGAGAGGAUUGGAGCUAUAACACGAUUCUAUCGUAG